AUGACCCUUCCGUGGUGGCCGGACACCAGCCCGAUGCCCAAACCCUUCAAUGACAUCAAGGACGAGAAGGACACGGAAGACCGCAACCAGAUGGCCUCCAAGGGCCUCAGCGACCUUUACAUGGGCACCAUCGGUUUCAGGAGUUUCGUGAAGUACAUGGAGAAGAAGAUCGAGCAGAUGUUCGCGGAUGCCAUCGAUCCAGUGCUCACGAACCUUAAGGAUCUCAAAUCCACGGCGAGCCAGCAGAAGAGGGACUUGGAGACGGAGUACAACGACACGGAUCCACAUCGCAUCCUGAGCACCACCCGCGAUUGUGGCAUCUCUUUUGCCACAGCGCUGACGCACGUGAUGGAAGGCGUUCUUGACCUGCAGCCCGUCAUGAACUUGGACGAGGAGCUCCGUGCCUUCCACACGUACCACCAGACACUGGGAUCUGCGCACUUCAGCAUGCUGCCCUCUGAGGACUUCUGCAGCCUGAACGACUACAUCGACUAUCUCCGCAACGAAAUACAGAUCGGCGCCUUUGACGUGGAGGUAAAUGGAGGUGCACAGUUUAGACGUCUGAUGAUGGAGGUGGAGAUCUUCUUGCGCUUCUCGGAAAUUGCAGUGGAGAUCAAGAAGCGCGAUGUGAUCCAGGCUCGUGGGGUGUCUAUGAGUUCGCUCACAUGGCGCGACGUGGUCGUGAAGCUUCUCAGUCACGAAGCGCAUCUGCCGUUGCAGCGCCGCGUGGCCUACGUCGGGGAGCGAAUCAAAUGGUUCUUUGAAAUCCAGAAAGAUGCCGUGCUGGAGUUCAUGACGAAGCUCGAGGGGUCACCGACGGCCAACUUGUUUUCACCGCUAUACCCGCAGCACGCGAAGCUCAUCAAGCAGAAUGCGAUGAUCAAGCACGCCGUGUGGCAGACAUAUGACAAGAGCUGUGGGCGACAGCUUCGCCAGUUUAUCGAGCUGUUCGAGAACAUGCUCACCUCAACCUUUUCGAACCCGUGGGUGUUUCUGAAGGGUGCGACCAGUAGCCCUGGGGCCGACGAGUCGCUGCAAGAG